UUAAGCCCCGGCGCCGCCGGAGCGCAGGCACGCCCGGGGCGCCGGGUCGGAGCGCGCAGCGCGGCGCCGCCCCCCGGCCCUCGGCCCCCAGCCCGGGCGCCCCGGAGCGGCGCGCAGAGGAAGGAGGGCGGGCGGGCGCGGCGGGCCGGGCCGGCGGGAGGCGGACUAUGAGGCGCCCACCAUGGUGCGAUGCGACCGCGGGCUGCAGUUGCUGCUGACCACGGCCGGAGCCUUCGCCGCCUUCUCGCUCAUGGCCAUCGCCAUCGGCACCGACUACUGGCUCUACUCCAGCGCGCACAUCUGCAACAGCAGCAACCUGACCAUGGACGACGGGCCCCCGCCCCGCCGCGCCCGCGGCGACCUCACCCACUCGGGGCUGUGGCGGGUGUGCUGCAUCGAAGGGAUCUAUAAGGGGCACUGCUUCCGGAUCAACCACUUCCCCGAGGACAAUGACUACGACCACGACAGCUCGGAGUAUCUCCUUCGCAUCGUGCGCGCCUCCAGCGUCUUCCCCAUCCUCAGCACCAUCCUGCUCCUGCUCGGCGGGCUCUGCAUCGCUGCUGGGCGGUUCUACAGCCGCAAGAACAACAUCGUCCUCAGUGCCGGCAUCCUCUUUGUGGCUGCAGGCCUCAGUAACAUCAUAGGCAUCAUCGUCUACAUUUCCAGCAACACGGGCGACCCAAGCGACAAGCGCGAUGAAGACAAAAAAAACCAUUACAACUACGGCUGGUCUUUUUACUUUGGAGCCCUGUCGUUCAUUGUGGCCGAGACCGUGGGCGUCCUGGCCGUGAACAUUUACAUUGAGAAGAAUAAAGAGCUGAGAUUUAAGACCAAACGGGAGUUCCUUAAGGCUCCCUCUUCGUCCCCCUACGCCAGGAUGCCCAGCUACAGGUACCGGCGACGGCGCUCCAGGUCCAGCUCCAGGUCCACCGAGGCCUCGCCCUCCAGGGACACGUCGCCGGUGGGCCUCAAGAUCACGGGGGCCAUCCCCAUGGGCGAGCUGUCCAUGUACACGCUGUCCCGGGAGCCCCUCAAGGUGACGACGGCUGCCAGCUACAGCCCCGGCCAGGAGGCCAGCUUCCUGCAGGUGCACGACUUCUUCCAGCAGGACCUGAAGGAAGGCUUGCACGUCAGCAUGCUGAACCGGCGGACGACCCCUGUGUGAACGCCCCUUUCUCGGCACCGGCCUCUCCCCGGAACGGCUGUUUGGACCCCACUCGAGGGCACCGAACCCCCCAGGGGGACCAGCCGUGGACUGCAACCAAACCCAACCCUUCCUGGUCUCUAGCUGUAUCACAGGCUGGCUUGGAGCAAAGCGCCAGGAGACUGGAAUCAGAAGCGGAAGGCUGACUUUCCCCCAGACAGGGUGUUUUGAUGCCCUGGGUUCUGAAAUCUCCCAGGGGGGGGCCCAUGCGCCCUCCUGAGGCUGCCCAGCCUUCACGAACCCGAGAAAACAAAAUCGAGCCAUUCUCUCCUCUUGGAAACAAGUAUUUCCAGAAGAACCGGCUUUCAAGGCCUUCCCUUCCUGCCUGGGCACUGAGCCACCGAGAGGCCACUGGCUGGGCACACAGGGGCCUCGGGACACUGGUCAGCUGCUUUCCAACCUGAGGUUUCUGUGCCUGGGAGCCAGAAAUGUGGAAGCUAAGGCUUGCCCCUUCCUUCCUGUCUGUCCGUCUGUCUGUCUGUCUGUCUGUCUCUCUUUCUCUCUGGCAGUGGUCUGUUGUUGAAGUGAUGCUGAGGAGGAAACCCUGGAGCCACCUGGUGCUUUGGGCUCUGUGCUGUCCCGGGGCCGGCUCCCCUCCAACGGGGAGACCGGGGCCUGUGGAGGAAUCCACGGAGCGGGAUGAGGCAUGUCCUGGGCAUGAGGUCAAAGCCGGAGUCUGCUGCUGCCUUUCCCAUCUGCUUCUGGAAGUUUCCGCCUCCCACAGAAAGGGCAGAACACACUGACUGUACUGGAGAGUCUGAAGGUUCCACAAGUCCGAGGAAGGUGGCCCUCUGGGCUUAUGCUCUGUCCCACUGGCCUGAGGGCUGCUUGUGGGGGAGGCGACAGGAGCCUGAACUUCUGGGCAGACCCAAGGGUGAACUGUGACCAAAAACUCAGAGAACAAAUGUCCAUUUCCUAGGUGGUUAUUAAUCGUGAUUUACUGCAAAGAAACACCAGGAGAGCAAGUUACGUUCAUUUCCUCAUCUUAGAAAAGUGCCCCGGCUCCUCUCGUCAUUGACUCUGCCACCCCUGAAAGGGCUCAGCAAGGAAGCGGGUGCAGGGCCACGCUGUGACUUUCUUCCUCCUCCCCAGACGGGCGGCUCAGCACCUGGAGCCAAGGAGGCCCUUCCCCUGCUGCAAGUUUUUCCAACUAUCUCCCCUCCCCUCCCCCAAAGUCAGCGGAGAACAUGGAAGCAUGUUCGGGUUCAGAAGAAACUCUUUAUGGAACAUGGAGCUGACCUUCUUUUAUACAAAACACGUUCUUUUAGCAACAUACCCUUUCUCGUUUUUGGAGACUUGGGCAUCCGGAGCCGUCCUCUCUGACCCCGGUAGCUGUUGUGCGUCGAAGUGACAAGCAAAUUCUUACCUCAGCCACUUGCUCACGGAACCCCUGGGAGUUCAGAUCCGGGUCAAGGUCAUUGCCAUCCUCCUUUGGCCCCCAGAUUAGAAAUCUCCAUCUGUCCCACCUCCAGUGGGCAGCCCUGCGUGCUGGUGAGCUGAGGCGCCAUGUGCCAGGCUGACUCGUGCUCACUCGGAGCCCUCGUUCCGCUGAGGUGGGCUCUGGGCAGAGGCUUGUCCAAGCAAGUGCAGCAGUGGACACGGGGCAUCAGAGCGCAUGGCCCAGCCAGCUGUGGGGCCGGCCCCGCUGUCCUGCCCUCACCCCUCCACGCCAGACACCAUCAUUCCAGCCAGAAGAAAGGGGGUGAAAUCUGGGGACCCCUCACCCAGCCAGGCUCCAAGACUCCUCUUCUGUCACUUCCAAGUGCAGGGCAGCCUUGCUGUCUCUUCCCCAUAAGUCCCAUCCCACCCUCCUCCCCGACUCCCCCAGGAGCUGCUGUCGCUUCACGGAGAAAGCUGUGUUCCAACGAAUCCUACCUCUUGCCCAGUCCCAGGCGAGAAGACGGAGCCCCCCUCUAGGGACCGAGAGAGUAGAAAGAAGCAACAAAGAGCAGGGAGCAGAGCAGCCUCGGACCCCUGGCCUCCACAGCCUUUCUCCACACACCCCGCCCCGGCUCCCUUUCUCCUUCUCACGGUGUCUGAGCCGGGGCUGGCCCUGCCCCGAGGGCCCAUGCGGGGGCCUGUGCGUCUCUGACCACCCUCUCCAACCACCCCUGUGUUUCACUGAUUAAGCACCUGUGAAUCCUGUACCUACUACUGGUUU